AUGGCUCCUGAAAGUUCAAACGUCUCAGACCAAAUCCCAUUGCUUCCUGCUUCGGCUUCCACUGCCAACCAUGAUGAGGCAAGGGGUCACGCAACAAGGUCCAGCAUCCCGGUAGAAGGGGAAAAGCAACUAUCGCAUGAAGCAGCUGUACUUUCAAAUACCAUCCAAAAUUUGAAACAGCAGAUUCAAGAACUUGAACACCAAUGUCUUCUCGCAGCCCCGAAUAUUGAAGAGAGUCCAACGGCGAAAGAAGCUGCCCGCGUGUCAGACGAAUACAAGCGCAUGGAAGCCUACCUCUACCAGCACAGAAAGGAAUGGGAAGCCAACAUUGGUCCAGGACCUUGGGACAUGAAUAAUUUGCAGGUGACCGAUUUCCACAGACGUCCUGGUUCGUUAGGGCCCUGGUGGUACCAUUGGGAAAUCUCUCAAGAACGCAAAUAUGAACGGCCGGACCCUUUCAGUCCGGUUUAUAAUCACAAAGGCCAGAAGGAAGAGGCGCUGAAUAAGAGCCCGGAUGAAUUUGACUAUACAAUUGACUUCGGAGCACGACGAGAGAGCCUUCGAAAGUAUUUCGAAUGGGAAAUGGAUAGACUCUAUCUGGUUGAAGAGACAGACCGACGAAGACGACAAAAGGAUAAACAAAAGGAAGAAAAGGUUGUCCAGUCCGGCAAAGACCAGAAAGGAGAUCAAUCUUUGUCACGCGAGCCGAAAUUGGAUCAUGUUGACUGGUACUCAUUCAAGCGAGCACCUAGGGCUGAUAAGAAUCACGAUUGUGUUAUUCAUAUCUUGACUGGGGAGCCUGUUGUAGAUGAAGACGGCUUGAAUCGACACUGGUUCGGAUAUUCGGGACGACAGGAAUCUCGACCCAAAACACAGAGAAGCGACUAUGUCAUCUCUCCUCUUCCUGAACGGAUAAGAAUUCGUUCUUCCAUCCUCCAGAGUAUUUUUAAGACAAUUCUCGACACACCUCUUGGUGACGCAGAAAUAGGCACGUUCGUGCUAUUGAGACCUUUCAAGGCCCUUACAUACUGCCAAAAACCUCUUCAAGAUUGGUGUACGGCACUAGAAGAGAAGUUUAGACCAUCGACUGAACAUGAGGUUCUCGGGAAUGACAAGGAGUCUGUUGCAGAGAGACCUUCUCACCUGUCACAUCACAAUGAGGCAGUAAACAAAGAAGAAAGGGAUCAAGGUCAUCAUGGAGCUACAGGGGCAGGUAUUCCAUCACCAAGGGACCUAGAUACUUCAGGAUCUCGCACGGCAGAGGAAGCCGAAAUUACCCAAGGACCACGCCUGUCUGGAAAAGAUGACUCUGAGGAGGGAGGCCAAGGGGAUGAGAAAAAGCAAAAUGAUUCAGAUGAUCUUACUAAAUCCAUAGCCGCACUCAAACACUUGAGGUGUCUCCUGGACUUUCUCAAUUCCGAUUUUAUCGCUAAGCAGACAUAUCUGCUCGACCCUCUUUCAGAUAAGAUAGUCUUCUCUGAUCUCUGGCAUCUCUUCCGACCAGGCGAUGAAGUCAUUGGUAGCGACGGCAAACAGGCCUAUCGACUGAUUGGUGUCAGUAGUGCUAGGCAUCGCGUUACAUCGCCCCAGGAGCUAUGGUACAAUCCCUAUUCCAUGCGAAGAAAGUCAAAAGAGGGGGGCUCGCAGCAGAGGAAGCGUGAGAAAGCGCCUUUCACCAUUGUCUGCUCCUACAUCGACUUUGAUGGCAAACACAUUGGGCCUGUCGUCAAGAUCUUCAAUUUUAGGAGGUUCGAUGGCGAGAAAAGCAUUACCUCCUUGGAUGUGUAUCCUCUUAGGUAUUACCAGGCCAAGCCAUCAAACCUUAUGAACAGUGAAUCGGGCCAUGGUCAAUCCCACACGCAACAAGGGGACUAUCGAGACUUUCUUAUCGAGCGUGGAGCCACGUUUCUGGACGUUGCAACAGUCAAACACAAGUACUACGUGGGGCCAACUAUUGACAGUCUGGAACAAAUCGAGAGCCAAGUUGUUAUUGAUUUCGAAACGGCUUUCUCUAUGGAUGAUAAGAAACAAAAGCUUUCAAAGCCGGACCUCCAGACAUUGGUUGGGAAUUCUUUUAAGGAGGAGGACGAUGACGACAAUAAUAGUUCAUCAGAUGAUGAUUCCUGUCAAGGAGAAUGCUGUCGAGAUGAGCCAGUAUUCAACGAUGGUUUUAUUGACGAGAGGCAGAGAUCCGAGUAUAUCACCAGUUUGUUGCCCCAGACAGGCGAGAUGAAUAAUCAGCCGUCUGUUGCCGUUAUACCUCGGCCUCUGAAGGAGCUUACUAGUGGUCCUACUGGUAAAUUCACUAUUUCAGACAGCGAGCUCGCCAUCAUGUCGUAUCGUGUGUUCGGGUUUGUCUUGCGAAAUCGUCGAUGGGCCCAACUAGACGUCUCAUAUCUCUCUGAUGUUCAUUCUAAUGACAUUACCGAGCUUGGGGAUGAUGAAAUUGAUGCAGGACAUAAGAAGCAAAAGCAAGUAACUUCUUUUGACAACCUCGUUCUCGAGGAAGGCCACAAGACAAUUAUCCUGUCAUUGAUUGCACAACACUUUAGAGACAAAAAGUUGGCGAGCGGCCAAGUAGAUAAUCUUGACAUUGUCAAGGGAAAAGGAAAGGGUUUAAUCUUACUUCUACAUGGUGCCCCUGGGGUAGGGAAAACAUCGACUGCAGAGGGAGUUGCCGAGCUUUUUCGGAAACCUUUGUUCCAAAUUACAUGUGGUGACCUUGGCACUACUGCUUCCGACGUUGAAAUCGCCUUAGAAAGAAAUUUUUCUCUUGCCAAUAAAUGGGACUGCGUCCUUCUCCUUGAUGAAGCCGACGUCUUUCUAGCAGCAAGGACCAAGCAAGACUUUAGUCGAAACGGACUUGUAGCCGUGUUCUUACGCGUCAUGGAGUAUUAUGCUGGUAUCCUCUUUUUGACUACAAACCGCGUUGGCGACUUUGAUGAGGCUUUUACUUCUCGUAUACACAUCAGCCUAUAUUACCCUGAGCUCAACCGAGACAAGACAGUCGAGGUUUUCAAGAUCAACCUUGCCAUGAUACAAGAACGGUUCGCUAGACGGGGACGCAGCAUAAAGAUCGAUGACUUUCGUAUCGGUAGCUUUGCACAGGAACAUUUUCAAGAGCACCCAAAGGCACGUUGGAACGGAAGACAGAUCCGCAACGCUUGUCAAACUGCUCUUGCCUUGGCCGAGUUUGAGGCACAAGGAAACAGCCAUGAGGCCAUUCUCAAUCCUGACGCGCUUGUCAAAUUAGAAGUGAGGCAUUUCGAGCUGGUAAGAAAUGCAUUCUUGGAGUUUGCAAACUACAUGAAUGAUGUGUACGGAGUUGAUUCAGCGAGACGAGCCAAGGAAUCUCGAUUACGUGCCGUGUGGGUGGACGAGAACGAUCGAGUGGUAGGUGCUGAUGCCUCGGGACCUAAAAACAUGGAUUUGUUCCUCGCAUCUCAGCCGUCGAGUAACAGGCGGCAACAAGUAACGCAGGCAUCAACUGUGCAGAUGCAAGGACAUCAGCAGCAGCAAAACUUGUUCGAGCCAGGCUUACACCAACAUUCUCCGCAGCCUAGGAGCUAUCAACCUCAGUACCGCCAAGAGUUUUCUCCCCAGUACCAAGUAUAUUCCGGUCCUAACCCAGGACAAGGACCAGAAAAGCAGUAUCCUAACGUCUAUGGGUCAUCUGGCACGGACAUCAGGGUUGCACAAUCCCAUUUCCAAGAUUCAGCAGAAGGAUACCAAAAUAGAGGAUUCUCUAGUCAGCAGCUUCCUGUUACGACCCCAGCGUUAACGUCACAUGUACCUCACUUUUCCACCCAACCCUCAGACGACUCACGCCACACCAACUACAACCAGCCGUAA